UAUUGUUCGGUAAUUUAAAAAGUUAUGAGUGAAUGUAAAGAGUGCCAUUUAAAUGAUAUUACUGUUGAAAACCGAUUGAAAAUAUGCAAAAACUGUGGCAACAUAAUUAGUCAGCAAGAUGAAUUUUAUGAACUGGCCGAAGGGUUUAAGGAGAAUUACCUGCCAAAUUCUAAUCUUUUAAAAUCAAAUCUUAUUAGCACAUAUGAAAAAGAUUUUAUUCGCAUUAAAAAUGAAUUAAAAUUAAAUCAAAAUAUUAUUGACGAAAUAAAAACCCUCUAUGUUGAAAUUCAUGAUAAAUCAUAUAAAUACUCCCGUCAUAAAUUCAAAAGAUUAUUAUUAGCAAUAUGCACAUACCACAUACUUAAGAAACUAAAUUACUCAACAAGGGUUACACAGGUGUGUCUAAUUUUAGAGACUUCCCAUAAACCUUUUUUUAGAAAUUAUAUGAAAAUUAAAUUGCAGUUCCCUCAUCUAUCAGUUGACACAAAAGAUAUUCUGCCAGAAACUCACCUGCAAUCCUUUAUCAAACCUAUAAUUCUAAAAUUUAAAUAUGAUUCUAUAUGUGAGGCAAAUAUAAUCAAACUAGUCAGCAUCUACAAAGAGAUGUACAAUGCUUCUGGAAAUCAAGAUUUGUAUGCCGCUGCAUUUUACAUAGUCUGGAAAAGUACAAUAUAUAAAAGCAAAAAUAUUGAUCAUGAUUGCAAGUUUUUAUCAACUCCUUUCAAUAUAUUUCACCACUUAAAUACCAAAAAAAAAUGUGAUAAGGCUUUUAGCAGGAUUGAACUAGAACACUUUUGUAAUGAACAUGGAUUUAAUUUUAUUAAUAGUAAAAAAAUGGUUUACCUCAACCAAAUAUUAGAUAUAUUGAGAAUAUUGGCUCAAAAUAUUCCAUGGCUUACUAGAUUUGAAAAUGUUAAUCCUGUUGAAUUGAACAAAACAACUAAUAUUUUACAUAAACAGAAUAUCUCCAACCUGCAUUACAUUUACUAUUCCUUAAAUACUCUCCUGAACUUCUAUGAUGUUACUCACAUACACACAUUAUUUGCCAAACAUAAUUCAAAUUACAAUAUUUCCACCAUUGUAAAAGUUGCCAAACAAAAUUUAGAUAUACAUCCUAUAACAAGUUUUGAAGAAUUUAGUUAUUGUCCUCCAGAUUCUCAACCUUUAGGUGAGAUUGAUAUCCCAGAUGAAGAAAUGCAUCUAUAUAUAAAAUAAAACAUUCAUCAAUUAAAUUUGAUAUCAUAAUUUAUACCUCCAAUAUUUUAGCUAAAAUAUUAUGCAAGCCUCGAGAUAUCGUUAAUAGUUGUUCGAAUAUUUCUGCCAUCUAUGAGUCUCCAGACUUGCAUAAUAUUGGGCUAAAAUAUUUGGUUAGCCAUUUUUAAAAAUUGAGUGGUUUAACAAUAUUAAAUAUUUUUAUCUCAACUAAAAUAAAUUUAUUCCAAAAGUUAGAAAAUUAUAAUUAAUAAUAGUAACACUCAGGCUAAUAUUUUAAUAUUUAGCAGAGUUAGGCCUUAUUUAUAGUAAACGCGUUAAAAAGCGUUUAGUUAUUUAAGGCUAUCGACACAGCUGAUUCUUUAUAACGUUAAUAAUUUAUGAAAUAUAUGUUGCAACAUAUUCUAUCAUUGCGUUAUUAAUGAUAUAUUAUAUUACCUAUAAUGAUAGAAAUACUAAAAAGCUUCCUCAAUUCAUUAAAUUGUGAAACUAUAAAAUCUACAAUUUAUUGAUAUAUUUUUUAUUCCUCACAUUGGAAAUUUUUUGGAAUCAUCACAUUCACACCAGAUAUGAUAUAUUUGAAUAUUUAAAAAAUAUAAUAUACAAUAUAACCUUAGGCCUAAUUUAUAGUAAGCGCGUUAUGUUAAACCUUUGUGUUAUUUAACGCUAUCGACAUCACAUUUGAUUCCUUUUUAAAAACUAAUUUAAUAGAUAAAUAUAAAAUUUUUAUAAUCGUAUCACAUAUUUUUACUAUCGAAUCGCAACAUAUGUUUUUCAAAUUUUAUCAUAACGUCAUCAUCAUA